AUGAGGCACUGGCUUCGCGGCUGCGCGCUGCUCUCCCUGCUGGCAGUGUGGCGGGUGGAUGGCGGCAUCUUCGGGGCGCGGAACGCCGCCUGUGGCGCCUUGCGGACAGCGUGGCGCCGCAGCGGCCUGCUGCUGGCCCAGGCGCAGAGCGCCAGCUACCGCUGCAGUUUGUGGGCACAAAGUGCGGCAGUGCGCGCCUGGCGACAAGCGCUGGCAGAGGUGGACCACCAGCAGGCGCAAGGCCUCACCUUGGACGAGGUGGCGCUGGGAAGCUUGGCGCCUUGA